AGCACGCUGGCUUCAGAGGGAGUUGAACUUGAGUUCAGAUGCCCAACUCCCUCUGAAUCCUGCAGAUUGGUGCUGAGCACGCAACAAAAGUUUUUAGCUUCUCCUCAGUUUCUGGUGCUUCGCAGGGGAGAGGAAAGGACUUUGGCAUUAAACACAAGAAGCAGUCAGGGAGCCAUCUCCUUUAACUUCUCUUCUCUGUUAUCAUUUGCAAUGAAGAGGAAACAGAAGAGAUUUCUGCAGAUGACUUUGUUAUUCAUGGUGGCUUUAAUUUUCCUGCCCAAUAUUGGUCUCUGGUCUCUGUACAAGGAUAAGCACUUGGUGAAAUCUACAGAACCCGGGGAGCAGCAGACAUUUCCACUGGGCCUGGGAGAUGGGCAAUUCUAUGCAUGGACAGAUGGUUUGAGAAGAAAGGACUGGCAUGACUAUGAAAGCAUUCAGAAAGAGGCUAUGCGCUCAGGGAAAGGUGAGCAUGGGAAACCUUACCCCCUCACUGAAGAGGACCAUGAUGACUCAGCUUACAGGGAAAACGGUUUCAACAUUUUUGUCAGCAACAAUAUUGCUCUAGAGCGGUCCUUGCCAGAUAUUCGCCAUGCUAAUUGUAAGCACAAGAUGUACCUUGAAAGGCUUCCAAACACCAGCAUCAUUAUCCCAUUUCAUAAUGAAGGUUGGACUUCACUCCUGCGUACCAUCCACAGUAUAAUUAACCGAACCCCAGAGAGUCUGAUAGCAGAAAUCAUUCUGGUAGAUGACUUCAGUGAUAGAGAACACUUGAAGGAUAAGUUAGAAGAAUAUAUGGCCCGAUUUUCCAAAGUAAGGAUUGUUCGCACCAAGAAAAGGGAAGGGCUCAUCCGGACCCGCCUCUUGGGGGCAUCUAUGGCCAGAGGAGAAGUCCUGACGUUCCUGGACUCCCACUGCGAGGUCAAUGUGAACUGGCUGCCCCCGCUCCUUAACCAAAUUGCACUAAACCACAAAACCAUCGUGUGCCCCAUGAUCGAUGUCAUUGACCACAAUCACUUUGGGUAUGAGGCACAAGCUGGGGAUGCCAUGCGAGGCGCCUUCGACUGGGAAAUGUACUACAAAAGGAUCCCCAUCCCUCCAGAGCUCCAGAGGGCAGAUCCCAGCGACCCUUUCGAGUCCCCUGUUAUGGCUGGAGGUCUCUUCGCUGUGGAUCGAAAAUGGUUUUGGGAGUUGGGUGGCUAUGACCCAGGUUUAGAAAUCUGGGGAGGAGAACAAUACGAAAUCUCUUUUAAGGUUUGGAUGUGUGGAGGAGAAAUGUUUGAUGUCCCAUGUUCUAGAGUUGGUCAUAUCUACAGGAAGUACGUCCCUUAUAAAGUUCCAUCUGGGACCAGCCUGGCAAGAAACCUGAAGCGGGUGGCUGAGACCUGGAUGGAUGAAUUCGCCGAGUACAUUUACCAGCGGCGCCCGGAAUACAGGCACCUCUCCACCGGGGACAUCUCCGCCCAGAAGGAGCUGCGCAAACAACUCAAGUGCAAGGACUUCAAAUGGUUCAUGGCGGCAGUGGCCUGGGAUGUGCCUAAGUACUACCCUCCGGUGGAGCCCCCACCGGCUGCCUGGGGGGAGAUUCGAAACGUGGCAGCAAAUCUCUGCGUGGACAGCAAGCAUGGAGCCACAGGCACUGAACUGAGGCUGGACAUCUGUAUCAAGGAUGGUUCUGAAAGGACGUGGUCUCAUGAACAGCUCUUUACUUUUGGGUGGAGAGAAGAUAUUCGACCCGGUGAGCCACUGCACACCCGAAAAUUCUGCUUCGACGCAAUCUCGCACAACAGUGCGGUCACUCUCUAUGACUGUCACGGCAUGAAGGGGAACCAGCUCUGGGGAUACAGAAAGGACAGAACAUUAUUCCAUCCUGUGAGCAACAGCUGCAUGGAUUGCAACCCCGCAGAGAAGAAGAUUUUCAUGGCCAGAUGUGACCCUCUAUCUGAGACUCAGCAGUGGAUUUUUGAACAUAUUAAUAUGACUGUUUUAGAAAAAUUUAACCACCAUGCCAGCUCCUAG